AUGUUUAGCCUCUCCCCAGAAGCCGUCUUGCUGCAACGACCGAUGGAGGAGGUUGACCCGUUUUUUGAAGGCACCUGGAUGAAGGGCUUUGGGAUUAUGUACCUUGACCAGAAAGAGGAGCCUCAUAGACUCAGCAUUCUCCUCGAUCCUGCUGCUGAUAGGCUUGGCGAGCAGCCUUUCAAUACAACUUUCGACGAUGUUCCCGUGGCCGCCUUAGAUACACCGGGGCCGGUCGUGUGGAAAAGCCCCGACGGCCUCGCAAGCAUUGUGCGCGAAGCUGGCCGCAUCAAAUCGCUUGUCAUUUCCAUCUCAAACCUGCUCGAGAUGGAGGUGGUGACCGACUCGGAGAAGGAGCUGAUUGCCGACCCGCCCAUUCACUUCCUAAACUUCAACGUCAGGAACAUCUCCACUACUCCAAAAGUGCAUGGGUUUCUUGGACAGAUGUUUGCACCUGGGGCUAUUUCCAAGAGGCUGGACAUGGGCACCCUCGAGGGCUUACGUCACCGGGAGUACGUGGAGGGUACCGAUGACGACUAUGCCACCUCGAGUCUGACCGAAGCAGAUUGCGCUUUCAGUCGGUUCGGCAAGGUAUGCCACCUCGCGUGCUCGUUUCCCUGCCUGCUUUUGUGA